ACUUGAUCGGGCUAGCUCAGGCCGUCCACGGACCAUAGCCGUGCCUUGGCAUUUUCUAGAGUCCCAGGUUUCGUGCUCUGAUUGCUGGAGAAGGAUCAUCUACAUUCCAGCUAGCCUGCUUUGGAACAAUUCACAUUGAGGACAGCCUCGGCUCGAUGCUGAUGCUUGCUCGGGCGGUCCAAUCGCUAAAGUGCCCACCAGAAGCCACAAUUUCUGCGCUCAGCACCGGAUUUGCAGCGCAGGGGCAGCCGAUAUAUCUCUGCAUCAUGCAACACUCCCUCUGAUUCAUAUGAACGGGAUUAAUCAGAAAAGGAUGGAGUCAUUUUUCAACUCUGUGCACACGAUGUCGCCAAAUAGGCAGAUGGCACUGAUGACGCAGGCCCGUCAAGCGGCUACGUUUGACUCUAUGCUCUUGACGCACAUCAUCCAUGACGGAGAGGAGAACGCUUCCUCCCGCCGUGCAGCCCUCGCUCGCGUCGAAUCCACCCUGGGCAUAACCGACACCAUGAAGCUUCCCCACCUCCACACUGGCCUCGACCGGAGGGAGCAAUACCUGGAGGGCCUGCGCCGCGGCCGGGCCAUCGUCACCGACAUGUUACAGCACGAUCACACCCACUUCAUCAACCUGACCGAGCGCAGCCAACUCACCAACGCCACACCCUUUGGCCUGAACUUCCUGAUGUUCCGCCGCACGAUCAACCUACAGGGCACCACCGAACAGAAACGCUACUGGCUGCCGUUGAUCGAACGCAUGGAGAUCAAUGGUUGCUAUGCGCAGACGGAGCUGGGACACGGUAGUCACGUCCGUGGCAUGGAAACCACGGCGACCUUCGACUCAGCCACGGGGGAAUUCAUUCUCAAUUCUCCGACGGUGACCGCGACGAAGUUCUGGCCUGGGGGCUUGGGACUCAGCUGCUCUCACGCAGUAGUUGCAGCCAGACUGGAGACCGGCGGAGUGGACCAUGGUGUGCAUUGGUUUGUCGUCCAGAUCCGCAAUCUUUCUGACUCCACACCCAUAAACGGAGUGAAGCUGGGAGAUGUGGGCCAGAAGAUGGCGUAUAACGGUACGUGCAAUGGCUAUGCCCACUUCAAUCACCUGCGCGUCCCAGGAGAUAGUCUGCUGGCGGCGCAUGCACGGGUGCUACCAGACGGGACAUAUGUGCGAAAUGAGGUAGGAUCCCAGGAAAGCUUUGCGAAACAGAGUUAUGCGACAAUGCUGGAGGUGCGGCGGGUGGUGAUCCAUUGGGCGGCAUUUGGGCUGGCGCAGCCCCUAACCGUGGCGACGCGAUUUUCAGUGGUGCGCGAGCAGGGCGCUCCCAUGUUCUCCUCACCAGCUUGCCCUGAAGUCUCCAUCCUCGCCUACAAGACGCAGCAUCAACGGGUAUUGACGCUCAUUUCUCAGGCGUAUGCUAUCCUGUUUGCCUCGCAGGAGUUUGGCGACCGGUUCGAAGAGUAUCAGCAGGAGAAGAGAGAAGGGGCGCUCGGUCGCUUAUCCUUUAUCCAUGCUGUGAGCGCCGGGCUGAAAGCUUGGGCCACACAGACUGUUGCUGCGGGAGCGGAGGAGGCGCGCAAGAUGUGUGGAGGGCAUGGAUACCUCGUAAUCUCGGGGCUACCGGAUAUGGUGGGAACGGCGUGUGCUGCGGCGACCUUUGAGGGGGAGAAUUAUGUCAUGUGGCAGCAAACGUUGCGCUACAUGUUCAAGCAGGUUGGCGCUAUUCAAGCAGGAAGGGCGGUGGACUCCGACAUGACUGAGUCUCUCUCGGGAUACCAGCAAUGGCUGCAGGUUGAGGGAGAGAACUCCCCACCAUCAUACCUUUUGCUUGACAGUAAUCACAUUUCAGAGCCAGCAACACUGUUGAAGAUCUUCCAACACCAUUUCCACCGACUCCUAUCCGCUUCACACUCCUUUUACACACAGCAAACCCGCACGUCGUCCCCAGCUGAAGCAUGGAACACAUCUCUCACACGGCUUCUGCCCGCUGCACAUGCGUACUUAGAGUACCUCGUGCUGCAGUCUAUGCAACGUCGUGUGAAAGUCAUCGGGAGUGCGCAGCCGAGCUUACUCCCCGUUCUCUCACGCCUCACGGAGCUAUUCGCUCUGACAACCAUCAACAACCCAGGCCCAUCAUUCAUCUCUGUCCCGUUCGCCGAAGACCGACUUUUGACUGCCGACCACUUCCUGCAGAUGCGUGCGCGCAUCGACGAACUUCUGGCGACACUGCUGCCUGAUGUCAUUGCUCUAACCGAUGCCUGGGACUUCACAGAUGCGUGUCUUUGCAGCGCGCUCGGAUGUCGUGAUGGGAAUGUCUAUGAAAGGUUGAUGAGCUGGACCAAGCAGUUGCCGGUGAACCAACAGGAUCUGGCGAGGGAAGCAUGGACGAUUGAGGGCGGGAUCGGGGAGUUCCUUCGAGGAAAUAUUAGACCGGUAGCCAAAGCUAGACUGUGAGGACCAUGUUAGAUUAUCCCAUCACGUCUCUGAUUUCGACCUGUUCCAUGUAAGCCGCACGUGGCCUCCAUUACGGUGAUCUCUUGUUUUCAUAUGCUCUGUCAAGGCGCUCUGUGAAGAAGUGCCAUCGAGACAUCAUCGGUCUUCCUGGCUCUUGUAAUGUAUGUCAUUGGCUUGCCUUCGGGAAGGAAUGGAGUUGCGACAGGAAAGUCGUAACAGAAUCAAAAUGAAUAGCUGAAAGAUUUCAAAGAUCGGA